AUGCCGGCACCGCCACUGGGAGAAGAAGAGUUGGAUGCAGAGGCGGGUCGCAGAUACACUCACUUCAGCGAGAAGAGCAUUCACUCAGGCAGCAGCAAGACAUCCUUCAGACUUCGACCCUUUGAUCCGGAAUCACAUUUUCUCGAGGUCUGGGACAUCAUGUUCCUGUUGCUCCUGCUGGCUUUAGCCGUUUUUACUCCGAUGGAUGUGGCAUUUGAUUUGAGCUCUAUGGCGCCUCAAGCAGUUUUAGCCUUUGUGUGGGUCGUAGAUAUUAUCUUCCUUGUCGACAUGGCCUUUCAGUUCCUCACCGGAUAUCACGAAAAAUUGCCGAACUCACGCUACGUGAAAGAUUUGAGGAAAAUCGCCUACAGAUACAUCACUGGUUGGUUUUUCAUUGACCUGACCUCGUCAUUGCCGUACCAGUUUCUCACAACCUAUCCCGCGGCGCGGUUGCUACGCUUACUGCGUUUACACCGUGCUCCUUCAAUUGUGCGGCAGCAUCAGUCCAGCAUAGGCAUUAGCUUUGCCAUCCUGUCCUUAUCGAAGUUUUAUGUGGUUUUGUUCUUCACAUGUCAUUGGAUUGCCUGCAUUUGGGCCAGCAUCGCUUGGAACUCCGAGAACUCCGGCUCGAACUCCGAGCCUGGCAGCUGGCUCGAAGCCUUGGAGUCGAGCAAGGGCGGACCAGCAUCCCUAUACAACUAUUGGCUGAACGUUUACACCAUCUCCCUCUACUGGGCCAUCAUGACCCUCACUAGCAUCGGAUAUGGGGACAUUACUCCGCAAAACAGCACUGAGUACGUUGUGGCUUGCUGCUGCAUGGCUGUGAUGUCGUCCAUGUGGGCCGUGGUCAUCGGACAGAUGUGCGGUGUGCUGGCCACCUUGCUACCCCACGAUGUCGCAUUCAAACGAACCAUGGAUGACCUGAAUUGGAUGAUGCGAGAUCGCGGCAUGCCGAAGCACCUUCGAAGCAAGUUGAGGCGCUACUUCUGGGAGUCCAGGAGCCUCACUCGUCUCACGGAGCAGCGAAGCAUCAUCGAGCGCAUGUCACCUAUGUUGCAAGGUGUUGUUGCGAGGCAGCUUUCGGAGCAAUGGCUGUCAAAGGUGCCGUACCUCCAGGCCUUGGACCAGGAGACGCUGGUGGCGGUGGCACGGAAGCUGACGCCGCAGCUCUUCGCGCCCAAUGAGGCCAUCGAAAAACAGAGAACUCUCUUUGUGGUGCGCAGAGGAGUCUGCAUGCACGGUGGCCGCGUCUUGGUGGCCGGCUCACUCUGGGGUCAGGAUAUGUUGGUGUCCAACGAUGCGCUCCGUGAACACUACAGUGUUCGCUGCCUAACGUAUUUGGAGGUCCUCUCCUUGCGCUACCCUGACUUCAAUAUUGCCGUCCAAUCUCAGAAGAGCCGUCGUAUCAUCCGGUGGUGGCAGAUUCGCUUGGCUUUGACACAUGGUGUGAAGAAGAUUGCCGAACAAAUUCGCCAACUGCACGCGCGGGAGAAGGCGCAGUUUGAUGCCCUGAAAGCCGAGGAACGUCUAUCCUUGCUGGCACGGCUCUUGCGCGGGGACAACAUCCAAGCCUUAGCACGAAAGUCUACGACCAGCAGCUCCGUCAGCAAGUCAUCUUCGGAGACGGUCUCGCAGGUGGAACCACGGCCCGAGUCAGCGGUGCUGGUGGCAAGUGAGGAGUUCGAAAGCAUGAAGCAAGCAAUUAUGCACCUGACCCAAACUGUCGAGCAACUGCAACAGACAGUGCUUGAGAGGUCAGGAUGA